GGCAGCGGCCGGGGCUGCGCAGCAGGGCCCGCGGCGGGGGCAUGGCCCGGCAGUAGGCAGGGAGCGCUCCGCCGCCCGCCGCUCCCGGCGGCAGCCCCGCCGCGCCCCGUCCGUCCUAUGUGAGCCGCCCCGGCGCCAAGAUGAAAGACGACUUUGCAGAGGAGGAGGAGGUGCAGUCCUUCGGCUACAAGAGGUUUGGUAUUCAGGAGGGGAGCCAAUGUACCAAGUGUAAAAAUAACUGGGCACUGAAGUUCUCCAUCAUCUUAUUAUACAUUUUAUGUGCCCUGUUAACAAUCACAGUAGCCAUUCUGGGAUACAAAGUUGUAGAAAAAAUGGACAAUGUGACAGGUGGCCUGGAAACAUCCCACAGAAGAUACACAGAAAAGCUCACAGAAGUGGAGAGUGAUCUGAAGAAAUUAGAUGACCAAGCUGGACAAAAAGCCUUGAAUACUAACACUGAACUGUCCAGCUUCAGAUCUGACAUUCUGGCUCUUCGUCAGCAGCUUCAUGACAUUGCAGAGAAAACUAGCAGAAACAAAGACACACUGGAGAAGCUGCAAGAGACUGGAAAUUUAUUAGAUGAUAGACAGAACCAAAUGAAAAGUGCCUUAGAUAGUAACUCUUUCAUGAUCAUCAGUGUCAAUAAGACUCUCCAGGCAUAUACUGGCUAUAUCAACAAUCUCCAACAAGACACAAGUAAUAUACAAGCAAAUCUGCAAAGCCAAGAGCAUUCUCAUAACGUGGUCAUCAUGAGCCUUAACAACUUAAACCUGACUCAAAUACAGCAAAGAAAUCUUAUCAGUGUCUUACAGAAGUCAAUGGAAGAUACAAGCUCGGCUAUUAUAAGAAUCAAGAAUGACUUUCAAAAUCUGCAGCAGGUUGUCCUUCAGGCCCGGAAGGAUACUGACUGGCUUAAGGAGAAAGUACACAAUUUACAGGCUUUGGCUGCCAACAAUUCAGCAAUGGCAAAAGCCAACAAUGAUACACUUGAAGACAUGAACAAUCAGCUCAGCUCCUUCAGUGGGCAGAUGGAGAAUAUCACCACAAUUGCCCAAGCCAAUGAACAAAGUCUAAAAGAUCUCCAGGAACAGCAUAAAGGAGAUGAAAACAGAACUGCUGCCAAAUUCAGCCAUCUAGAAGAAAGGCUCCAGGUCUUUGAAACCGAUAUAGUCAAUAUCAUCAGCAACAUCAGCUACACUGCUCAUCACCUACGGACACUGACGAGCAAUCUCAAUGAGAUCAGGACAACUUGUACGGACACCUUAAGUAAACACUCAGAUGAGCUGAUUUUUUUGAACAGCACGCUAGCCAAUAUUCGCAUAGACUCUGCAUCUCUCAAAGUGCAACAGGAUUUGAUGAGGUCAAGAUUAGAUGUUGAAGUUGCCAAUUUGUCAGUAAUCAUGGAAGAAAUGAAGCUGGUGGAUUCCAAACAUGGCCAGCUCAUCAAGAACUUCACUAUCCUACAAGGCCCUCCUGGUCCAAGGGGACCUAAAGGUGACAGAGGCCCUCAAGGUCCUCUUGGCCCCGCUGGCCUAAAAGGACAAAAAGGAGAGAAAGGAGAGCCCGGACCACCAGGACCUGCAGGGGAGAAGGGCCCACCUGGGCCAGCCGGGCCACCAGGAGAAAAAGGUGGGAAAGGCUCAAGAGGAUCGCCUGGCUCCAAAGGUCAGAGAGGUUCUCCGGGCAAGACAGGUCUGCCUGGACCAAAUGGAGACCCAGGGCCACCAGGGCCACCAGGCAAGGAUGGUCCACCAGGGCCUCAAGGCCCACCUGGAUUUCAAGGCCUACAAGGAACUGUGGGAAGCCCAGGGUUACCAGGACCACGAGGAAUAACUGGACUCCCUGGAGUCCCUGGGCUGCCGGGUCCAAAGGGCCCGCCUGGCCCACCGGGCCCACCGGGGCCGCCAGGUCCAGGGAUGCCAAUGGCACUACAGAGUGAACCUACGCCCGUACCCGAGGCUAAUGGUUGUUCUCCCCAUUGGAAGAACUACACGGAAAAGUGCUACUACUUUUCAAUUGAAAGAGAAAUUUUUGAAGAGGCAAAGUUAUUCUGUGAAGAGAAAGCAUCGCGCUUGGUUAUCAUCAACAACAAAGAGGAGCAGCAAUGGAUAAAAAGACAGAUUUUUGGGAAAGGCAGCUUCUGGAUUGGACUAACAGAUUCAGAGAAGGAAAAUGAAUGGAGAUGGUUGGAUGGAUCCUUACCAGUUUACACAAACUGGAAAACUGGGCAGCCUGAUAACUGGGAUCACGGGCAUGGGCCAGGGGAAGAUUGCGCUGGGUUGAUCUAUGCUGGGCUCUGGAAUGACUUCUACUGUGAAGAUGUUAACAAUUUCAUUUGUGAAAAAGACAUGGACAAAGGGCAAAUUCUUGGAGUGUAAUAGGCUAUAACUUUACAGAUACCUUCAUAUUAAGGAAAUUUAUGUCAAGAAGAAGAAAAUCCUGGGAAAGAGCAACACUGACUUCCAAAAUUGAAAAAAAUAUGAAAACAGAAAAAAGCAAGCACUGAAAACUGAUUUAAAAGCAUCAAGGAAUUCAGCAAUAAUUCUUCUCCAGCAUCCUGUAAUUAUUUAAGGCCUUUCGACCCUCAGCGUCAAGAAAUACUGUUGGACUAAUUCUGUUUUAGAUUUUCUUCCCAACCAGUAACCACAUCCAUAAGCAGCUUAUGUCUUCUGAGGAAAGACAUUCUAUCAAUCUGAGUAAGACUGUUGGUCACUCAUAUAGAAAAACAUAUAAAGCAACUGUGUAAACAGUUGCUUAAUUUGCUAAAAUCCCAAAUGUAGGAAAAAUUAUACAGAUACACGAAUAUAUAGAUUUUAUAUAAAUAUAUAUAUAUAGUCCAACUCUUAUCAAUAAUAUGGAAUAUACUUUUAAGAGCUUUUAAAACUUUGUAUUUUUGUACAAAAUAUUUGCUUUUUACAAUUGUUCUCUUUUUUACUGACUUUUUUUACAAAUAUAGUGCACAGGGGCCAAAGAAAACAAUAAAGGUACUAAUAAUUCAUUAAGGUUUGCUGUCAGGCCUAGCUCAGCUAUAGGGAAAUAUUUUUCCAGUUAGAAAUAUUUUUACUUUCCCAGAUGAUUUGUUCUGGUUAAAUAACUUCUAAAGCAGAAUUUAGAUAGUGUUUUCCUUACUGUAUGCAGUCUAGUCUGCAU